UUGUAACGUACAAGUGUACGAGGUUGGUCGACUUGCAUCUUUCUAAAACGUGUUUCAUGCCUUAUGGAUCCUGAGGUUGGUCGUGUGGACUAUUGGAACGCGGAUUUGAUUUGCAUUGCUUUAAAUUCAAGUCGUAACCAUGUCUUCAGGCAAAAAAGGGAAAAAGAAGAAGUGCAAAACUGUCGAUUUAAUGUCAUUCCUUGCUGAUGGGGGUGCAACACCCACUGUGCCAGUUAAACCAUUGAGCAGCUGGAUUGAAGAAAUGGAAGAAGAACAUGAUGGAUUUUCAUCAAGAAGUAGCAAAGAACCAGUGAUUCUGCCAACUGCUCCAAGAGCUGCAAGAGGUCCACGUGUUGCAGAUGAAGAUAUCCCUUCUAAUCCACCUUAUGUAGCAUAUCUCUCUAAUCUUCCUUAUGAGGUAGAUGAAGCAUAUUUGACGGAAUUUUUUGCAAACAUGAAGAUUUCUAACAUACGCUUGCCAAAAGAUUCUAAUAAACUCAAAGGAUAUGGGUAUGUUGAGUUUGAAGACCGUCAAAGCUUAAUCGAUGCUCUUUGUUUAUCUAAUACACCUAUGAAAACUAGGAGGGUACGAAUUGAUGUUUCAAAUAGCGUUAAUGAUGAUCGUCGUGGAGGUCGAAUGGGUCGAGAUAAUCGUAGAGACAAUGAUUAUGACCCUGAACGUACAUCCGGAGAUUGGAGAAGCGGACCACGAGAUGAAAAUCUAACAUCAGAAGGAGAUUCGUACCGGAGUCGGUACGAUAACAGAGACCGAAGAGACGAUCGUGAAAGUUCCGACUAUGAUAAUAAGCCUGGUGCUUGGCGUGAAAGUAGUGACAGAACAAGACCAACAUUCAGAGAUAGAGGUGGUUUCAGAGAUGAGGACAAAGAUAGAGAAUGGUCUCGCUAUGAUAAAGGUAGCAGAGAUCGAGAUGGGGGAGACAGAGGAAAUAGUUUCGGCUCGCGUCGUAAUUAUGGGGAUUCUGAUUGGGAUCGUGAUGGCCAACGCAGGCAAGGGAAACCACCUACGGAAAACAAACCUGAAACGAGGACUAGGCCGAAAUUGCAGCUACAGCCUCGUACAAAGCCUAUUGAGCCUGUUGUUGCAAAAGAAGAACAACAAUCUGCAGCUACACCAGCUUCCUCCACAAAUAUAUUUGGUGCUGCAAAGCCUGUAGAUACCACUGCUAGAGAAAGAGAAAUAGAGGAACGUCUUGCGAAGUCGUACGCCGAAUCAAAAUCCAAAGAAGACGGAGAUUCAGAAAAACGCGGUUCUAAAGAGGGUACUUGGGGUAAACGUAAUGGGGAGGGCCGGGAAGAAAGAGAGAGGGGUCGGCAGACUUGGCGAUCCGAAGAUGACAGAAGUCGACGAAAUGAAAGAUCAGCACCACGAAAUCAACCUGCUUAUUCUGAUCAAUACGGAGACUCUAAAGGUCAGCCCUCUUCUCGCGGCGGACGACCAUCUUCUAGAGGUCCCCCAAGAUCAAGUGAUACUCGUGGUGGAGAUAGAGAUCGACGAGACAGAGAGAAAGACGAUGUCAGUAGGAUGCCAAAGGCAAAGGAUGAACAAGCUCCAAAUUUCGUAGCUUCCAACAAGUAUUCCAUGCUACCUGAUGAUGUGGAUCCCGACAAUAUUGAUGAUUAGUCAAAACUAUUAUACAUCACCAAUUAAAUUGUGCCACAUGCAUCAUAAUUGGUCUAUAUAUGCAUAUUAUUAAUUUGUUUUACCUCUAUUAAAUACUUACCGAAUUGAUUCAUAAGUGGAACUCUAAGUUCUUGGUAUUACUUUACAAGAAUUAUUGUUGAUUUGUAUUUAAUCUAUUUUAUUACUCAUAAUAUGAUUAUCUAUCUACAUAUGUAUUUACUUUAUAUUUCGAUAUAAAUGUUCAGCAUCAUUAAAUCAGUGUGAAAAUUCGGUUAACUUUAAAGAAUUAUAUUAAUUUUUUAAAUAUUUAAUUCUGAAGAUAAUUACAUCUGUAAGACUUAGGAAUUGGGACUUUAUACACCAUACCUUUAUUCACUGUACAGUUAUUGUACAAUAUGUAACUCAUUUAAAUGUAAAAUAAUAAUGCCAAUUUAGGAGGAAAACAAUUAAAAUGAUAAGUGUAAUGGGAACUUAUGUGAUGUAUUAUAUUCUAUUGCCUGAAAUUCAAUAUUUCAUGAAAUGGUUAAUAAUAACAAAAAAAAAAAAAAAAAAAAAAAAAGGUGAUUGCAACGUAAUCGAGCAUCGAAAAGUUGAUACCAUAAAAUAAGCACAAUAAAAUGUAAGCCAUAAUGUAGCAGGGAAGUUACUAUAUUAAUAAUCAUCGUAUCAUGACAAUAUCAGAAAGCAUAUAUGACUGAUCAAUGAAAAUUUUGUCACAAUCAUUUUAUUAUAAUAUGUUUCUAAAUAAUUAUGCUCUAAGCAUAUUUAUAUAUAUUAAAAAUUAUGUAUUUACAAUCUCUUCCUGAGGUAUGUACAUACUGACUUUAUCUUUAUUUACUGUUGAGUAGUUUGUGCUAAUUGACGUAACUGUUUCAACACAGUCUCUAGAAGCUUUUUCUUAUCCCGCUCACUUUUCUUUAAUACAGAAAAUACUGUCUUUUUGUCAGAUUCUUUUAAUCUGUAAGUAUAAUACGUCUAAAAUGUAGAUAUUGAUAAUAUAGUACAGUAUUACAUGGAAUAAAAAGGCAUGGUACAUACUUUUCUAACAAAAGUACAGCCAUGUUUGGAGAUACCAGAUGAUAUUUACUUGAUUCAUGGCCAUAGUCGUGAAAAUAAGUAGGCCAGUCCCAACUCAUAAAUAAGUCUAGUAAUUGUCUUAAUUGUGCAAAAUAUUGAAGUAGGAUACCUUCGGGUAAACCAGAAACAGGUUCCGAGGCUGCAAAUUCUAAAAAUUAAAAGAUUUUUUUCUAAUUUAUGUUCGAAUCAAUUCAAUAUCACCACAAAAUAUUUUGUAACCAUAUAUUGUACAUCUUAUUUAAGAAUAAAAGUCAGAAAUACGUA